AUGCCAAUUCAACAACCAUCGGGUCAAAUAAAGCUGACAAAUGUCUCAUUAGUGAGAUUACGUAAAGAACGUAAGAGAUUCGAAGUAGCAUGCUAUCAGAACAAAGUUCAAGAUUACAGAAAGGGGAUCGAGAAAGAUAUGGAUGAAGUCUUACAGAUUCAUCAAGUGUUUAUGAAUGUAUCCAAGGGUUUAGUGGCCUCCAAAGAAGAUUUACAAAAAUGCUUUGGAACAACUAACGUGGACGAUAUCAUUCAAUUAAUUCUCCAAAAGGGUGAGAUUCAAUUAAGUGAGAAAGAAAGACAAAUUAUGUUAAAUAAGAUCAAUAAUGAAAUGCUAACCAUCAUUAGUGCCAAGUGUAUUAACCCUAAGUCUAAGAAAAGAUAUCCUCCAACAAUGAUACAUAAAGCCUUAAUUGAAUUGAAAUUCAGUCCUGUAGUUGGAAAACCAGCAAAAUUACAAGCACUUGAAGCUAUUAAACUAUUAAUAACGAAACAGCUUAUUCCAAUCGUGAGGGCUAAAAUGAAGGUUAAAGUUAAUAUUAAAAUAUCUACCGAAAAUCAAGAACCUUUAGAAAAGAUUAAGAAAUUUAUCGUUACAAAGGAAAAUGAAUCCAGUACAGCAGAAGCUUACGAAUGUACAGGUUUAAUUGAUCCAGUAGCAUACAGAGAUUUGGUCACAUUGUGUAGUCAAAUCGGUACACUUCAAGUAUUGGAUAUGGCUGUGAUCGACAAUGGCAAUUAA